UUUUUCCUUUUCUUUCUACUCUUAACUCCACAGCAGACAGGUCGUUACCAGUUUCACUCUUUAGCAGCUCGCACUCUUUCGUUGUUUAUUGUACAGAUGAAAAGUUUUUCAAGGUGGUUCUCUUCUUGUUCUUUGAUUGUUUCCGAAUGGCUUGUGAUUUCGACUAAAUGUUUCUCAAGGUGCAGAUGCCCUGGAAUGUCAUAAUUCCUGCUGACAGCUUGGAUGCCAAAGGCUUGAUGCUCAAAAAGGCAAUAGUGAUCCGCCUUAUGGAUGAAUUUGCUUGCAAGAAGGCCACCAAGGAUCGCGGAUAUUUCAUGGCUGUAACAACCCUAGAGAGCAUUGGCGAGGGCAGAGUUAGACAGAACACAGGGGAUGUGCUUUUCCCUGUUGUCUUCAGCGGAAUUACAUUCAAGAUGUACAGAGGAGAGAUUCUGCAAGGGGUUGUACAUAAGAUACUAAAACAUGGAGUGUUUUUGAGGUGUGGACCAGUCCAAAACAUAUAUUUGUCUCACAUAAAAAUGCCUGACUACCACUAUGUGCCCGGGGAGAAUGGUAUAUUUAUGAACGACAAACACUCAAAGAUUGAUAAAGAUGUGAUCGUUAGAUUUAUUGUGAUUGGGACCAAAUGGAUGGAGGCCGAGAGGGAAUUUCAGGCGUUGGUGAGUUUGGAAGGUGACUACUUAGGACCAGUUUCCUGAAUAUAUGACUUUGGUCAACCUAUGUACGUAUUAGGAACAUGUGGUUUUUGCGACUAGGGCUAACUUAUGAUGUUAACUUGGUUUUAUAGCUUUUGUAAAACUCCUCGCUUAUAGGUGAUGGAAGUGAUGGUAUAUUUGCAAUAUUCAUAAAUUUAGUGUUCCAUUGUUCAGCCUCCUUCCUAAUACCUUGGAUCAAUGGUUGAAGGAUCGUGUCUGUGUCAAAACUUUUCUUCACUAGCUUCGCAUAUAAGAGGAGCUCUGUAAUUGUGAAGUGUGUUGCAAGGUAUUGCAAUUGUGCAGUUAGCAGCCUGUUGAAUUA